AAUGGUUUUAUUCUAGUUUGCUACUGUCGAGAUUUUAAAAUUGGUUCAUUACUGCAACGUGGACAAGACGACAAAGUUCAAUAUUUUGAAGAUGCACUAUCGACAAUGUCCAAAGAACAUACCUUAAAGUUCUCUAGGAUCAUACUAACUGAAGAUGAAGAUGAAUUAGAACAAGUUUGUACUGGAUUAUCAAAUGGCAUCAAUUUUCUUCUUGACUUUACAUGGUCUGGAACGGAAACAGCUUUAGAAAUAGCCAAUGAUAUAAAUAUACCUUACAUCCAUGUUGACAUAUCCAUAGCCCCAUUUUUGAUAUUUCUGGAUGCAUAUCUUGACAGUAGAAACUCUACAGAUGUUCUGGUUGUGUUUGACAGAGAUGAUUAUGUAGAUCAGGCGUUGUAUUUUUGGAUUGAUUCAACGAGAAUGAGGAUGGUUCUAUCAGAGUCUUUUACCGAAAGAACUGCAAAAAGAAUUGAACAAAUCAGACCAAUACCCAAUUCUUUUGCCAUCAUCGGAACUAUGGAAAAUGUUACCAAAUUAUAUCUUCAGGCUCAACAACAAGGAAUAGUAAACCUUCCAGACCGUUGGAAUUUAGUCCUAACAAACUUUCAAACCCAACCUUUCAACAAAACCAUUCUGGCCGUAGAUCCAGUAUCGCUUUUAUCAAUGAAAGACGACCUCUGCUGUCAAUUGAUGCAACACGAUUUUUGCCAGUGUCCUGAUAAACUGGCCAUAGAAGAUUAUUUCAUUUACUGGACAGCUCUGGUGUUCGAUAAGAUACUCUACACUGCUUCUCAAGAGGAAUGGGAUUUUAAGGGAACUCCACAAUGUAACGCUUCAAGGUAUCCUGAUGAAACUGUAGAAAGAUUUAGAGAAGUACUUGAGAGAAUUGUCGACGACAACGAGAAGGUUAUGAGAAAAGAUGGAUAUACAGUCAGACUAAAUAUACAAGGAGAAGUAGAAAAGUCAUACAACGGACAAACACAGGUUGUUGCAAACUAUCGGAAUGGUAAACUGACUGUGGAAUCAGAUAAAGAAAUUGAAUCGAUUAAACCGUUUUAUAGGAUUGGGAUAACUCACGCUUUGCCUUGGUCUUACAAAGAAAAAGAUCCAGUAACAGGAGAGUACUACUGGACUGGAUACUGCGCAGAUUUUGCUCAAAAAAUAUCCGAAGUCCUGGGUUUCGAUUUCGAAUUUGUUGAACCACAAACCGGUACAUUUGGUGAAAAAGUUAAUGGUACCUGGAACGGAGUAGUUGGAGAUUUAGCUAGAGGAGAUACUGACUUGGCGAUAACAGCUAUCAUUAUGACAGCCGAUAGAGAAGAAGUUAUAGAUUUUGUGGCUCCUUAUUAUGAGCAAACCGGUAUUAGUAUAGUUAUGAGAAAACCAGUACGAAAAACAUCACUUUUCAAGUUUAUGACUGUUCUAAAGCUAGAAGUCUGGUUAAGCAUUGUGGCUGCUCUUGUAGUUACAGGAUUCAUGGUUUGGUUUUUGGACAAGUACUCGCCUUAUAGCGCUAGAAAUAAUCACAAAGCAUAUCCAUAUCCUUGCAGGAUGUGGAAAGAACUUACCUUAAAUGCUUCUACAGACGACACUAGAUACAGGGUGUGGGACUACCCGAUUAGAGAGCAAUACGGACACAUUUUGCUUGCAAUCAACGACUCGAAUCCUGUAGAAAAUGCUUCGGAAGGCUUUCGAUUGGUUGACGAACAUUUAGAUGCCGACUUUGCUUUCAUCCACGACUCAAGUGAAAUUAAAUACGAAAUAAGCAGAAAUUGUAAUUUUACUGAAGUUGGUGACGUGUUUGCUGAAAAGCCAUUUGCUGUUGCUGUCCAGCAAGGUAGUCAUCUACAGGAUGACCUAAGCAAAGUAAUAUUGGAUCUCCAAAAAGAUCGAUUUUUCGAACAACUUCAGGCAAAAUAUUGGAAUCAUUCAGCAAAAGGAGACUGUCCCAGUACUGACGAUAAUGAGGGAAUAACCCUCGAAAGUUUAGGUGGUGUAUUUAUUGCAACACUGUUUGGACUAGCACUAGCUAUGAUUACCUUAGCUGGCGAAGUGAUCUACUACAAAAGAAAGGGCAAAAAAGAAAAAGAGGCAUCCCAAACAGAAUUUACCAAAAAUUUUCCAUCUAAAAUUCAACCGUUUAAAUUUCCUAAAGGCGAUUAUCCACCAGAAUUGGAUAAAUUCAACAUUUCAAAAACGAUAACUAUCGGAACUACGUUUAAACCUGUUAAUCUAAAGGAAAAAAUGAAAAAAGAUAUGGAGAACGUCAAUAUUUCUCAUAUUUCUUUAUAUCCAAAAGCAAGAAACCGAAUUACACGUGUUGAUUAGACGUUCAAACGUUUUAUUUUAUUUUUGGACAUCCU